AUGACUGUCAGAAUUGUCAGUCGGAGAUGAUAUCAUAACCCGAAAAAUGGUAAUAGGAAAUUAGAACAUCAAUAUUACAACAAAAACAAUAAUUCUAAUAUGAAAAAAUGGCUGACAAGCUUCGCCAAAUAGCACUAAGAAUUAAGGAUAAAAUUUAUUUUUCACAUUUGAAAGCCACUAGUCGUGAAAAAGUUGAUCAGCUCAUCACUAAGUACGACCCGGCUUCUAAAGUUACAGAAAUAGCUGAAAAGUUCAAACAAGGGAAUAUUACGAAUAAAGUCAAAGAGCUUGUGUCGAGAUAUGAAAAAUUCACGGGGAUCGAAGAAAUCAUGGCGAUACAGAACACUGUCAUAGAAGCACAGGAGCGCUUCGUAAGUGCCCAAGACCACAGACGUGAUCUGGGAAAGGAACUUGCAUCGAUCGAGGCGAGAUUGAAAGAGCUACAUGCUGAAAUGCAAAAUACAAUGAAAGGCGAUGAAAAGUACCUCCAGCUUUGUACAGAAGAACACAAGUUAAUAAUACAAGAGCGCGCUGUGAGAACGCUUUUCUCUGAAGCGGAGAGGGAAGAGAGAGAACUGUUCGCAACAAUGUCGUCCGCCGUGAAGCUCGGGCACGAGAGAGAGAGGGCACACGCUGAACGCAACAAGUAUUGGUACAUUGUCGCUUCUAUACUCGGUACACUCCUCGGGAUAGCUGGUUCAACGGUGAACAAUCGUCUCAAAAUGGCCGAGUUCAGAGAUAUGAUGGAACAACAAAUGGCUCGGAGCGCCAGCGUCCUCUACACUGUAGCUGGGGGGGGCACGGCCAGUCGAGCUGAUAUCGCUGAUGCAAUGAAGACUGAAUUUGCUUAUCAGGAGCAACUUGCAAAUAAUUUGACCUUGAUGCAGGAAAACAUAAACAAUCUAGUCACAAAACAGGCGUCUUUGAUUGAUCACCUGAACCACCAGGAUCAUUUAAUAGAGACCCAAAUCCGUGAACUGAAGCGUUUGAUAAUCGCGUCCUCGCAGAACAGUGCGAAGACGGACGCGGAGCUAGCCAGAGCGCUGUCCGUGGUUCAGCAAGAGGUUGACGAGGAAAAGAGCGACGAGCCAAGCACAGUGGACGGUAAUCAGAUUCUAACCGGUCUAAGUAUACUUAUGUGCGCUGUGGUAAUACUUAGUAAUAUUUUCGGAAGGAUCAGUUGAUUAAAACGCCAUCAUACCUCAUUGUAAGUUCAAUAUUAAACGAUAUGUAGAUUGUUUUCGUAUUUAUUUCAUUUUUGCUUAACGUGCGAUUUGAGUGUUGCUCCACUAAAUAAUUGUUUCGUUGUCAAGUGUGAUAUAUCUUAAAUUGAAGGUGACAUUUCAUUUGGUGUGACGUGUUCAUGUAGAGACGUCGUUUGGCCGAUUUUACGGAAAUAUUACAUAACGUAAUAAAUCGGUAGUAUUAUGCCGAAAUAUCGGGAAAUUAGUGCAAUGAGAUAAUCGAAAAAAAUGGACGCAAAUGUCAAAUAUAUAUAUAUAUGUAUAUUUGACAUUCUUUGAUGUAUAACUAAAGUCCAAUGUUAUAUUUAUAACAUUGGAUUUUUUGUAAGUACCUUUGUCUGUUACGCUGUCACGGCUGAACCUCUUAACCGAUUUUGGUGAAACUUAGUAUGACUUUAAACCCCAGGUUAGGACAUAGACAUUUUUUUUACUUUAUAUCUGUCCGCUUCUCUCCAAUAUUCAAGCGAAGCUGUUGGCGAAAACUAGUAUGUAAUUAAUAAAUUGGCUGUCGCCUUAGAGAGAGGGGAUUUGGCAAUCGCUCCGGGUCUUACUUGGCACAAAGGUUGUCUAUGCUGCACAGCGUGGAAAUGCGACCUGUGUUAUGGGCAGCUUUGCGUAGGGUGGGGCCGGGGGGGACUUUUUAAAUUUGAUUUAAGAAUAAAAAAGGUCAUUAAUCAAAUUAUUAAUUUUAAGUAUGUGAAAUAUUUUUAUUCAGUUAUUAAAAAAUUGUCUACGUUGUUUUUCGGAUAAAUAAUACGAACUUGACUCGGGACGUACUCGGUAUACCGUGUCAUACUUAAAUACCUGUGACAAAAUACUAUGCAUAAAAAACACGUCCAUUUAUUUAUUUACAAUACUUUAUUGAAUAAAUUAUUGUAUUUUGUAAAAAAGACAGAUAAUUAAUGCGUUGAAAUUUAUUUUAGAACUAACAACGAAAUUAUUAUAAAAAAACUAAGUAUACAUUAAAAAAAUAAUUGCUUCUCUUUCUUAGAUAUUCCAUACGUGUAUGUGUAACAAAGAUGAACAUAUUUAUUUUGACGCUAACAGUGACCGGAAGUCCUUGGCAGUGCAACUGUCACAGGUAAAAAAUACCGUUAUUGCAUAAUUAUAUAGAACGGUACUGUUAUUCUUUGAGUAUUUAUUUUGACGCUAGUAUAAAUAAGUCACAGAUAUGCUAAUGCUAUUUUUUUUUACCUAGUUUCGUUAUCUGUGACGAUAAGUACGCCUAAAAUCUAAUACGAACACGUUAUUCCACGUGAAGUGUUGCCAUAAUAUAAACUUUAUAAUAAAUACUGUUGUUGAACAUUUUUGUAUUCUUUACUUCCAUAGAUAAAAAUAUAUAUUUAAAAAAUGUUUUUUUUUUGUAUAUCUAUAGCACAAGGUGAGGUUCGGGAAAUGACGAAAUGUCAAUAAAAAAACCAGUUAUAUUAUUAAAUAAGUUAUUGUAGUCUAAUUGCGAAGCAAGAAAAAAUUCAGAUAAUGAUUAUUGCUUACAGUUAGGGGGUUUAAACAUUUAUAGAUAUGUGAAUUUGAAAAUAUUUUAAAGAAAGAAACAGAGAGUGAUAAAAUUCUUUAUUAUAUUAAAACUCUACUUAUGUAAUAAUAAAUGUAUUUAUAAAUAUAUUAAUUCACAUAUUAUAGGAAAAAACUCUUGAACACAUACCAAUACGAAAUGAUAUACAUUGCAAAUAAAUAACAAUAAAGGCAGACGAAGAAAACACACAUGCACGUAAAUCUUGUUAUUAAGGACAAAAAAUUUGAAACCUCUGACUCACAGCAUUUGUGCGAGUGAGAAGGCAAUAUAUUCAGUGACAGGGACAAGUUAUGGAGGGUGAACGUACGUAAUUCUUCUUGCUUCGCGACUGGAAAGGAAAUUGAACUACCGAGUUUCGUUUGUAAAGAGGGAGGUUAUCCUCACGAUUGAUAACGUAGUUAAUGUCUUUGGGGGGUAAAAGAGAACGGCUUAAUCAAUGUGUCAUUUUCUGGUAGGGGCUCUGCCCAUCGCAGAGCCCCCCUCUACACCCUACCAGUGUUUUUUAACGAAAUAAAAUGUACGCUAAACACAAUAUGUCGAUCAAUUUAAUGAUCACCUAAGUUAGCAAAACUAUCAAUAUUUAUGAGUUUUUCAGGCUCUUCCCACAAUAAAGUCCUGGCUUUGAUAAUGAUCUCUUUCUAUAUUUAACCCCAUCCCUCCCUAUGGAACACAAAUUAAGCGCAUGUCUUCGUCUUAGUUCAACUCGAACAGUCACUUCGUGUUGGUAGAUAUCUCGGUAGUUCUCUUUUUAAAUUUGGAUUAUGUCAAAGAUUUUUUAAAUAUGAAAUUCUUAUUAGUGACGUUAUGAGUGGUUUUUACGUCUGUAUGCUGCUGGUCGGUUUUUUAUGUACUAUUUUACAAUUAUUGUUGUCUUGUAAUAAAUUAUUUAUCAUUC